GUACUGUGGGAGUUGUGCCGCGUCUGACAGGAAGAACCCGUAUUCUUCAUCAUCGGCAAGUUCUAGGGUUUUUCAGGAACGCAAUCGCAAACCAACAAAUCACCCUAAUUUCGAGUCGGUCAUCGGAGAGAGAAUGAGCGAUGUGAUAGGUGAUCCGGCGACGGUGAGCGAAGCCAAGGGCGGUUCUGACGCCGCACGGAUCGCGGAGGUGCAGGCGUGGCUCACCUCUCAGUUCGAAUCCGCCGGCAAAGAGGUUCCUACCUUCGAAUACACUCACCGGAGCAUUGCCCAUCUCUACAAUCUCGCCACCGCUUCCCAAGCCAAGACUCAGGCUGCAGCCAUUGUUGGUAAUGAUUUUCGGCAAAAGGCUUCGGAGUACCGAGCGCAAGCGGCUAGGAUAAGAGAGAUUUUGGAGAAUGUUGGGUUGGCACAAGAGAGCUUACCAUCAAAUGUGGUCUCAUCGGCGCAAGUUCUUGCGAAUGUUGCGAAUUUGUUGAAUGUAAGGGACACUGAACUGAGUAGUUUUCUUGUAGCAAUGGGUGACAUUUCGUUGAGGAAGACUGGAGUGGAGGAGAAGAGGGCUAAGGCACAGAAGGAGUCCAAGAUUCUUCUCGAUUAUACAAGAAAGGCGAUACAGAGGUUGACAUAUUUAAAGAAAAUUCUUGCACAGCUAGAGGAUGAUGUAGCCCCUUGCGAGUCCCAGAUGGAUAAUUGGAAGACAAAUUUGGAAGUCAUGGCAUCAAAGGAACGUCAGUACAUACAGCAGUACAAGAACUAUGAGACGUUACUCAACCGUGUUGGUUACACUCCCGAUAUCAGCCACAGGGUACUGGUAGAAAUGGCUGAGCACAGAAAGGAUUUGGAGAAGAAGACAAAACCCGUCCUCGACACUCUAAGAAGUUACCAGGACUUGCCCCCGGAUAAAGCUCUGGCAGCACUUGCAAUAGAAGACAAGAAACGGCAAUUCGCUGCCGCCGAGAAGUAUCUUGAAGAAGUACUGCAGUCAGCCCUUGCCACCGGCGACUAAUAAAUACCCAACCAGAAAUUAUCCUCUUUGAUGUUUCAGCAUUUUCGCAUCAUAUGGUUUUUUCUUGGCGUGUUGUGUGUUUCCUGGUGGAAUAUCUGAUGCAACCUUUGCCCUUUUAUGUUCUUCCUGAGAUCCCUUGUAGUUUUUCACUUUGAUCCUGAAUCAUUGAAUUGUGCUACUAUUGUUAGGGUUUUAUAUUGGGAAAUUUGUGUGAUAUUUACCAAAUCGACCCCUAAGCAGUAUGGUACUAGUUUUGCUG